AUGAAUCCAAUCAAUAAUGGCUAUAACCAUUCAACCCGACGAGAAGCUUUUCGAUAUUUUCCUUUUUCCAGCAUUAGAAUUUUGAAAAAUCUUCAACACCGUGAUAGUCUUUUUUCGUAUGUGGCCUAUUACGAAAAUGGACAACGAUCGAAAUGUAGAGUUUUCCUAAGUGCCAUACCAGAAAAAGUUGCAUUGCAUACAGUUCUUCUGAAAAAGAAUUCUAGUUCUUAUAUCGCCUCGUUAGAGAACUUGAAAUUGACAAUAGAAGGAAUCACCUAUAGCAAACACAUGCAUAAAUAUCUGAUGAUCUGUCGUCUCAACAAAUUAUACGCAAGCACAUUGGAAUACGCACGAGACUGUUCUGCUAAUUCAUCCGUCGGUGGUCGAAACAAAUAUCUCGAUAUGAAUUCUAUGGAAAUAAUACAAACUUAUGGCGGAAUGCCAAAAACUUCUUUCCUUGAUCAAGAGUGUCUGAAGUGCGGUCGCGUUCUCGAAACUAUGGAAUAUUGUUCGUUCUGUAAUCUAAUAGACGUCGCUGGCGAUGGGGAUUCUUGUAAAAACGAUGAUGAUAGUAAAUGGGAAUGCGGAAAUGAUCGAUUAGAUUUGUUGAUUCGUGAUUCACAGAAUAGUGCCAAACAAGGAGAGGAAUAUCUACGAUGGAUUACUCAUAAUAAAUUUAGUAAUAUGGAGUGUAUAGGUGAAGGAGGCUUUGGAACUAUGUAUUCGGCUGAUCAUAGAGAUUCAAACGGUAUGGUAACCAAAGUUGCUCUAAAAUAUCUUAAAAAUUCUAAACAAUUAAGCACUGAAUUCUUAAACGAGUUUGAGGCUGCUUACAGCUGUCGAAGUCGUCGAAUAAUACAAUGUUUGGGGAUCACUCGAAAUCCGGAAACAGAAUCAUACAUAUUUGUGUUUGAAUUAGCAAACGGAGGAAAUCUUCGAAACUUUUUACAUGAACAGAAAAAACCACUUUUACUAGCCAGCAAACUAAAGCUUUUACGUGACAUUGCAAUCGGACUAGAGGUUAUUCAUGAUGCCAAUAUGGUGCAUCGUAAUUUGCAUAGCGGAAAUGUGUUAAUAAAAACAUGCCCUAAUGGCGAAAUCCAGGCAUUCAUUAGUGAUCUCGAUAUAGAAUUCAAACGAGCACCAAACAUGACAAUUUGUUUAUCACCGGGACAGCAUCAACGACAGUGUCAUCCAGAAGCAAUUUAUAAGAGUCGAUUUCUUAGUUUCCCGAAUCUUCCAGAGCCAACAAAUUUCCCUUGUAAUAAUUACGAUCACGAUGAAGAUGAUGGCGCAUCAGAAUGA